GCUGUAAAUUCAACCCAGCAAGUUCAUCGCGUUAGAAAUUCAACAUGUGGCGAUACAAACGCACGAAUUCGACGCACAGCGAAACCACGCGUAGCAAUAUAAUUCGUGGAAGUCCAGCACGUGACAAAUGCAGCACAUGAAAGUACAACACGUAGUGCAUACAACCCAUGGCAAUUACAACGCACAGAAAUACGUAACAAUACGAUACGUAGAAAUGCAGCCCAUAACAUAAGUCGCGACGUAAUUGAAAGUAUUUCUGAGAGAAUAUUAAUGAGACUUAUAUUUUGCAAGAUUACAGUUAGCAAAGUAAAAGCCCAAAAAUGGCGCACAAAACACAGCACACGCCAGAUGAGACAGAGCUGGAGAUGAUGGCGCAAACGGAGCUCUCGAGGCUGAAGAGACAGUACAGAAUAAUGGAGAACGACCGAGUCGCUUGUGUCGAGGAUGCAAAAUUACAGCUUCGUAAUCAAUUGAACAUAAUCGACCGUUUGGAGUACGAGAAGGCGGAGCUGGUGCUUCAUAUUAAAACAGCUAGCUCGAAAACGUUUAUCCGCAAGGAUAAAGAUAUGGAGGAGGACUUGAAGUGUCUUCUGAAGACUCAGGAGAAGUACGAUGAGAUGCUGCAGACGGAGAAGCAGGAGAUAGCAGAGUUGGACGAACACAUUUUCAAGUUAACGAAGGAAGUAACAGUCUUGAAGUCGAAAGUCCGAACAGACACGCAGCUGAAGGAGAUGGCUAUAAGACAAGACAAGGUGGUUUCUAUGUUGGAGAAUCGACUGGAAGUAGCGACAAAAAGAUUCAACGUUGUGAUUGCUCAGAACGCGAAACUGCGUGAAGAAAUCGAAGCGUUGCUCAAGGAGAGGACGCAAUUCACGAUUCUUUGGAACAAGCUCAUUGGUCAACUGAACGCUGGAAAGCAGAUUAUCAAUGAUCUGAUAGAACAGGCUACCAUCGCGUUUAAUCAAAGGGACGAAGAACUGAAUAAAAUACAAGCGCUUCGUGAUAGAGGGAUAAGAGAUCUGAAGGCACACGUGUCGGAGAUGUGCGAACUGCAACGAACUUUGGACAACGAAAUGAAACUGCAAGAAUUCCUCGGGGUGAAAGGACAGUACCGCGAAAUGGCCGAUUUGAAUGCGAAACGGGCCGCCGAGAAGAAAGCGCGAAUGGAAGAGAAACAACAGAAAAUUAAUUCUUAUAGACAGAUUUUGGAAAUGAUUAAAGAAUUCACAGGUCAAGACGAGAUCGACAAGCUCACAGCGCAUUUCAUUAAACAAGAGGAAGAAAACUUUGCGCUGUUCAGUUACGUGAACGAAUUAAACGACGAACUGGAGGGACUCCAGGCGAGGAUGUCUCAGUUGACGAUUUCGAUCGAGGAGGCGCGUGUUCAGUGCGAACAAAGUGGACAACAGCACACCGAGACAUUGGAGAAGCUCAAGAAAGAACUGGAAGAUCAAACCACUCUUGCUGAUGCGGCUGAAGAAAAUCUGACACAGUGCGACGACGUGAUGGAAAAGUUACUGAAAGGAAUAGAUUCUCUGUUCAAAGCGAUUCGUUGUGACAAUUCACCCAUUCUGGAAUUACUGGGAGACAACGAACAGAUAACGAGAAGCAACGUCAUGUUGUACCUGGGAAUUAUCGAGAAACGUAUAACACAAAUGUUCCACAAAGUUUAUUGGAUAGAUAAAGCCACCAAAGCGCAACAUUUACGACUAGAUGAAGAGAAGCGACCUAAGCUGAAAGUGCCUCCUAUUGAACACAUUGCUCCUACACAACCUUGUGCCCUAUGUGUCGAGAAAGCAGAAUUGCAAAUCGUAUCCGAAGGUUUGGAGCAACCGUUGACACGCGAUGAAGCCACUAAAAAGUUGAAGGAAAGGCUGGAAGAAGACUAUUCAGAUCUUCUGCAUAACAUAUCAGGUUGUCAUUUACCGGCGGCUAGGAAAGUUAUACAAAAAAGAUAUCAGUAAUCGAAGGACACAAGUUG